GUGCUGGGAGGAGUCACACAUACCUGGCAACAUCCACUGGUCGCUUUGUUAACACUUCAUUGAACCAACAUGGCAGAAUUUGAGGAGCUCAGCGAUGAAGAGAAGGUCCGCAUUGCUGCCAAUUUUGUGAUGCACGCUCCUCCUGGGGAGUUCAAUGAAGUUUUCAACGAUGUGCGACUACUGCUCAACAAUGAUAAUCUUCUCAGAGAAGGGGCAGCUCAUGCCUUCGCCCAGUACAACAUGGAUCAGUUCACCCGUGCCAAAGUUGAUGGAUACGAAGAUCAGGUUCUGAUAACGGAACAUGGAGACCUGGGUAACGGUCGCUUCUUUGACCCUCACAACAAGAUCUCCUUCAAGUUUGACCACCUGAGGAAGGAGGCCAGCGACCCCCAGUCCCAUGAAGGCGAGGCAGCCCUCCGCUCAUGGAGAGAUGCCUGUGAUUCUGCUCUUCGGGCCUACGUCAAGGAGCACUACCCCAACGGAGUCUGCACUGUUUAUGGGAAAACUAUCGAUGGCCAGCAGACCAUUAUCGCUUGUAUCGAGGGCCAUCAAUUUGAGCCUAAAAACUUCUGGAAUGGUCGCUGCAGGUCUGAAUGGAAGUUCAGUGUCUCACAGUCUACAGCUCAGGUGGUUGGAGUCUUGAAAAUACAGGUACAUUAUUAUGAGGAUGGAAAUGUGCAGCUGGUGAGCCAUAAAGAUAUACAGGAGUCACUGACUGUGACUAAUGAGAGCCAAACUGCAAAGGAGCUGGUGAAAAUUAUUGAGGAUGCAGAGAAUGAAUAUCAGGUGGCCAUUAGUGAGAACUAUCAGACUAUGUCAGACACCACAUUCAAAGCCUUACGUAGACAGCUCCCGGUCACCCGUGCAAAGGUCGAGUGGAACAAGAUCCUUAGCUACAAGAUUGGCAAAGAGAUGCAGAACGCCUAAAGAACAGGCAUCUGCUGGAGUUAAAACAAACUGAUGGCGCAAAGAUGUGUGAUGCAGCAUAACAUACUGUAUGUCCUUCCAGAGAAUUACAGUUUCUGUUGAGCACUGAGAGGGGGUGCCUUCAUUUUCAAAUGCCGCUGAGUGGUUUAACUGUCAUUUGUAAACAUGUUAUUUGUUAAACAAAUAAUGCCUUUAGUGACACUGUGAAAGAUUGGGUGAGUCCCUGCCAUUCAAAUUCUCACAUACAAAUUAUACACACAGUUUGUGAUCCCUCAGUGCUCCAAACAGACAUGCAUCCCCCAAAACCCCCUUGAUUUUAAUGUAGCCACUAAUUUACACUUUCGAUAAAACAUAACUAAUAUUCUUUGAGAGCUUCCAAUACCUCCUAUAUAGUUGUUUUUUUUUUAUUAACAGAGGGCAAGUACUAUAUGCAAUUCAGAAGUUAAGUUACAGGAGACAGACUUUACAGCAUCAAAUUAUUUUUCAGUCAAAAGCCUCCAUAUAUAAAAGUAUAAAUACUUACAUACAUAUUAUGCAUUCCUCUGGUUGUGGACUUGUAACCAGACGGCAUGCCAAAGCAUAGAUGUCUUUUUUUUUUAAUACAAAUUUCCUAUUCCUGGACCAGAUUUUGCCUUCCCUCCUUAAGUUUAGUUUAGUUUUUUUUUUUUUUUUAAUUAUUUCUCUGUUGUAGAGAGAUAAUUUCAGUGAUAAUACUUCUUUAUCCCCCCGGACUGAUCAAGUAUUGGUGUCCUCUUGCCAGCUGUUUGCCUUUAGCUUGUGCUAUAUUUUUUAUACAGACUGUAAGUACAUUUAUUAUUCAUGAAAUAAAAAUAUUGCACCAAA